UCCUGACUGCCUAGAUUAUCGCUCGGAGAGUACGGGGUAAGCAACUUAAUAAAUCCAAUUAGAUUAAUAUACAAAGUUAAUUUUAAAGUAUCAAACUGUACGCUUAUAUUAAAUCAUCCAUCUUUACAUUGAAAAGUCACGUGAGAAUUUAGAUAUCCCUAGGAUAUAAUUGAUAUAGAGUCAAUAGAUAUCAAUAUCCGUUACUUAUAUGUGUAUUAACAAGAAUGUCAAUAUUGUAACAUUUACAUCUUUCUAAUUAACAUUUUUAUUGGAAGGAUUGGUAGGUGUUUAUUUUACCGAUGAUAAUCGGAUUUUGCGAUUACUAGUUCCCCCGGCUUCCGCGAGAUGACGACAGCGACGCCUCGAAAGCGCAACUCGUAGCGUCGCAUACGUACAGUCUUACGCGUCCGGCGAUACCAGGCGAUAUCUAGUGAUAUCCGUGGCCAUCGCUAGCGGUAAAUCUAGUUCGCCCAACGCCGUAGUCGACGAACGAAACAAGGAAGUCGCCUGUGCCCGCGUGGCAUGACGAGUGCCUGUUAAAGCGUCCCGCUCCGACGGCUGCGACAGCUACGUCGGCUCCAAGUUCGACCAUAACCUCUUCGCCUGGAUCGACGAGUCUCUCGCGAGCGCGUACCUUCGUUCCGGAUUUGCCUACAUUCCCAGCUCGAAUCGGGCCGAUUCAAAGUUGUGAAACGAUCAUGCAAGUAUCCGGCAGAGCCACGUCGCAGGGAUCGAUCGGCUGAAGUCGACGCCGAUUCCCCGUUUAAUGGAGACCCCAGGGACGACGACACCCGGAUCCACCAGCGGCAUCAGCCUCGCAGGGCGUCGCGACGCCCCUCCCCCUCCCGGGUCGCUUCCGCCGAAAGACCGACGUCGCCGCUGGCGACGGGGCCGUGGAAAUGGCCGCGGAAUCCGGAACCCUCCACUCCGGGGACUCGCGCAUCCCCCGACCCUCUCCGACGCCGCUGCGUCGCUCGUUCAGCGCGCGCAUGCGCGGUGAGCGCGACCCUGAGGCACCGACGGCGCCGCUGCGUGGCUUCAGCUCCGCGCUCUCCCGGAGUCGGCAGAGGCACGAGCUCGGGCUCGAGUACAGGAUCCGAGUCCUCGAGCGACCCCAAGACCGAGCCCAGGACCUUCCCCGAGGGACUCUCGGGCCGUCCCCGCGCCUCCAGGAGCGCGACCGGCUCCACCAGCGGAGCGAGUUCCCGGUCAUCACGGAGAAUGGUGCCGACUCACCGCGACACCGCUCACUCAGUUUGUCGCUGACGACGCCGCCACGGCCGCGACCAGGUCAUGGAGCGGCUCGCACGGCGGCGACCACGCCGGCGACGGCGACCGACGAGAGCGACGUCGAGAGUGUCAAGAGCUAUGGCAGCGCCUGCAGCACGGCCAGCGCCUGCGACCACGCGCACUUCGCCCUGAACGGCACCACCUGGUCGGGUCGGUCCCGCAAGUACGUCGUCCACUGCUCGAACAAGCCGGAUGAUAACGAACAGUACCUCACGCCGACCCAGCGCGCCGCUAGGCAACUUAGAAAAUUCCAGACACUUUUAAGAGACGCCAAGAAGGAGAUCGAGGACAAGGACCGCGAGAUAUUCCGAUUGACGAAGGAGGUAGUGGAGUUACGUCUUUACAAGGCGUCCUUGAAUAGUCCCGACGAGAGGACGGACAGCAGCGAUGCGGUCACCGUCCGGGAGAACGACCCGUUCUCGCCGGAAUCACCGACGAAGAAUCUUCCAAACGAGGGAUCCUUCGAGACGAGCAGGAGUCCGGAAGCCUCGGAAAGGAGAGCUCCUUUGGACUUUCCCUCUUCCUCGGCAGACUCGGGCCAUUACGAGGAUGGAUCCGUGCACUCGAAGGACUCCUUGCAGGUCGUUGAUGUACCAAGUGCCAUUUCCGGCAACGAUGUCGUCUCCGACCGAGAAAGGUGUCGGCUUGUCGACCAUUACGAAAGUAGGAUCGAGGAAAUGCACCGGAGGCACGUGGACGAGCUGCAGGAUCUGAAGCAGAAGCACAACGAUAAGGUGGAAAACCUGCUGCAGCAGAUCUCCGAGCUGAAUACCAGGUGCUGUGAUCUACGUCCGUCCUUGGAUGAAGCGGAGAAACGCAAUCGAGAGUUGAGCGCAGAGCUGGAGACGAUCAAGCUCGAGCUCGAUGAAAGGAAGGCUCUGCUGGAUGAGCAGGAGGAAAGAAACAAAUGUAUGUACCUGAAAAUGUACGCGAAAGGCCAGGAAGCAGCCCGACUCGAGCAGGCGGAGCAGAUGGUGCAGAACGCCCGACAGCCGCAGCAGAAGGUCUCCGUAGCGGAGCUCCUCCAACAGCUGACGGUGACCCAAGCCGAGCUGGACAACGUCAAGUUCCAGGAGACGAGCUGCUCGGCCGAUCGUGGCCCGCGUUUGUUAACCGCCCAGGAGGCUGUUUCUCUCUGGGUCCUUGGCACUCGUAAGGCAAUGUAUCGGCGUGUCGUGGAAGCGAAGAGCAACCAAGGAGCCCUCGAUCCAGAAAUCACGUUGCAGUUCCUGAAAUCAGCGAUUUACUACUUCCUAACGGAUAAAGAGAAUCACCACGGUCACCUGAAUGCCAUCGAAAGUAUUCUGGGCUUUACAGACACCGAGAAGCUUAACAUCGAUAAGAUCUACAGGUCAGCGAGGAAAUGAUUCCUGUGUUAAUUAACCUAGCGAAGAGUACCGUUCUUUCGGAGAUAUUCGCAUUCGUCAACGAAGCCACUAAUAUUUUGACGGUUCAAAGUCGGAUUUGAAUUUUCUUACUUUCACAUAAACCGUUUCGCAAAAGAAAUUCUGAUGCAAGGUCUGUGUGUGAUUUAAUGAUAGCGAUUUUUAUUGGAAAUGGUUUCUCUAGGAACAUUUUGGCGAUGAUCCAGAAACUGAAUUGGAUAAUAAAAGUAUUCCUUGUAUAUCAUUGAUGCACACAACAAAGGCUUUGAUAUGUCGGAUAAAUGCUGGUUGGAUUUUAUUUAGAUCAGCAACACGUGGAUUCGUUUUUAAGGACGCAAUAACUUUUAUGGGCCUCGCACCCUACUUAGUUUACCGGAUGAAAAUGGAGGUUCCAUUGCCUUAAUAUUAAGUUUCUGUUAUAAUCACGACUUGCAUAGGAAAAUGCACCUCACAUUCCAUAGUAGCAAACCGAUUGUGGUAGCUACUGUUUUUAAUAUGGGCGCUGGUGUAUCUUAUUUUCAUCACGAAGAGCAGCUUCUUUCAGUACAGAUAUUAAUAUAGUGUUUUAAAAGAACUGAAGUGCCAACUGAAUGUUUCAUUUUCGAACUACUGGUAGUCAUUAGCGUUAGCGUGUGCAGGAGUAUAGUGCAAUUAGAAUCAUGUAUGGGAAUGAUUCAAACUCUUCGAGUUUAUACCAAAGUUUAUAGGACUAACCAUUUUUUUUUUUCUUUUCUUUUUCUCGACCUGUUAAUUGACAAUGAUCGUUAGUCUCGUGACCUUUAGUACGAGAAAACGCGAGAGCUCCGAAAGAAUCGCUUCUCCUCGACGGAACAGGGCACUGUAUAUACACUUAGCUGCUAAUUUCGCGUACACGGAAACGCUGAGAAAGUAAUUAUCGGUAAAUUACUACACUUUCGUUACUUGGCAUUGAAGGAAGAUGGCUGUGCACUUUCACGCGUUCUCACUUUCCUUUCGUUAUUACAUGUUCAAUUCUUUGUACUCGGGAUCGAAGGUGAAAAUGCAAGUGGAUUCUACUAGAUUAUUUCCUUGUCCAGUACCUUAUAAAGUAUGUAGGGCAUUGUAUUCAAUUAGAGCAUUGUCUUUACAUUAUACACUAAGGUAUUACAGCACCAUCCUUUGGCGGUUAACCCAUUGAAGUAAAAGCAAACGUAAUUGCAAAUACAUCGCGUUUAUCUUUUGCCAUGUACUUGAAAUUGCGCUAGAUUGAAAUUGUGCUUUGGAAUUAACAUCCUGGACGAAAUAAGUAGUCAAAGGCUUUAAUGGGUUAAUAUUACUGUCGAUGCUACGUGACUUUCAAUUCCGACUAGUUUCCUCGAAAAUUUUAUUGCCGGCAAUGUCAUUGAUCGCCAAUAGCCGAUCGUGUCAUUUUUAUUUGUAUAUUCUUCCGAUCGAACUAGUUAAAUGUCGGAUAAUUUUGCAACAUAAAUUAUAUCAAUGAUUUUUAAUAUUCCAUGGAAUCACCACUUGCUCUAUAGUAUUUGAUGCAUUCUUGCAAGACCAAACGUAUAAGCAAUUAAUGAUUGACGGACCUGAAUGCGUGUCCUAAAGUUGGCUGUUAUAGACCAUUUUUUGCCGAUUGGGAAAUAUUAAGAAAAUUUAAGGAGUGCCGAGCGUUAUAUCUUUUCCCAUAUCAGCUACAGGAUAGCUGGAAAUUUUAUUGACCUUGUUACCUGAUAUUAUCAUUUAUCAUGGAAACGUUUCGUGGGGAAUUCAACGAUAUUUCUUUAAAGAUAAAAUCUCAAUCCUAAACGGAGGAAAGCAUAUCAUAUUUGAGUUAGACCAGUUAAGACCUUACAAUUCUCAUACAAUGAUAAAACCUACAUAUUAAAUUUACGCUCCGCGUAUUUUCAAAAUUACUUGGUUUAUUUUUCUACACGAAGUUUUAUUCGUUGGGUUUAUUCGAUUAUCAAGUACUUCCGUUUUGCUAUGAAAUGAUUGUUAAUGACGAUCUUCAAGAAAUAUCGUAGGAAUUCUGUGAUAGGAGUAAGGAAAGAUUUUAUUGGUGUAAUGCGGCGACCUACGUAAACUACGAAUUAGAAGUCCAUCGACAUGGCGUCCAGGUAGGGUAAAAAAUAAGGAGACUGACAUAUGGAAAUAUCUUGCCUUGUAUAAUGCUCGAUAUUAUCGGAUUAGCUAAAUAAAAGUUUUUCAAAGGACUCGCAGCAGCGGGAAGGGGACGCGCGUCGCUUUCGACGUGUGGAGUGUCUCUAUUGCGGGUCGGUAGAGAUAUCCACGUCUAUCUUUACUGCAGAAUUUUUUUAACCGAUUCUCUGCUUUGCAGAAGUAAACCGCAUAUCAAGAAUUAUGAAGCUAUCAUUUUAGGAGCCUCUAUGGCACUUCUACGCAGCUGCUCUAUAUGAAGCGAAGCGUUUUAUUUUAAUGUUAUUUAGCAAGAAAAAAACACACUUCACCGAAGGCAUGAUUGUCACUUUUCAUGUGUCAUAUUAAGUGAAUGUUAAAUGUUUCAUUAUUAGAUAAAACACAAGUUUUGUUUAUCAUUGGGAAUAAAAAGCAGCUCAACUUCGGGUAUGACGACCUAACAAUGGUUCCUGUUCGAGAGAUGUGUAUGCUGAAGUUCUUUUGCACUACAUAAACAUUGUAACAAUUCUUGUGAUAGAAUGCCAGCGAUGGCUUUUGGAAAGCGACGUUUGCGUUUCAUGGUUACAUGGUAAAGUACGAAGUGGUGUAAUAUUUAAUUUAUGAAUCACUUUUAAUAUGUAGUAUUUCAAUGCGGUAUCAAAACCAGUUCCUCCAACAGCUUUGUUUGCGCACUAGUAGUCUAAUUCUGAACAGUAAAUCAUUUGAAUAAACAAAUGAUGUAUUGCAUGACGAAAA